GCUCAUUGGUGCAGCCACCCGUCCAGGACAAUAACAUUGUUCUUGCCCGGAUCGGCUGGGCAAUGUGGCUAUAAAAACACAGACGAGACGCCAAAAGGUGCUUAUUAUUAAUUGUGCUCCGGGACAACCACCAGCGGUGCUGGAGCGGAUCCGGUCAGCUAGAGAGACCCCCCUGCAAACUGCUGCCAGGUGAGCGGGCCAACAUGGACUCGGACGCGAGCCUCGUGUCCAGCCGCCCUUCGUCCCCGGAGCCCGAUGAGCUCUUCGUGUCAGCCAGGAGCAAGAGCGGAGGCGGCGGCGGCGGCGGCGGCAGCGGCUUCUCGGGCGGCAGCGGCGGAGGUGCGGUGUCCAGCUCGACGCCCAGCGACUCCCCGGCGGAGCUGAGCGCGGAGCUGCGCAGCGCCAUGAGCGCCGCCGGGGUGGUGAUGGUGGACAAGCUGGCCUUCAAGUCGCCCUCGUCGUCGUCCUCGUCGUCCUCCUCCUCGUCGUCGUCCUCGUCGGCCUCCAAGAAGGACAAGAAGCAGAUGACGGAGCCGGAGCUGCAGCAGCUGCGCCUGAAGAUCAACAGCCGGGAGCGCAAGCGGAUGCACGACCUCAACAUCGCCAUGGACGGCCUGCGGGAGGUGAUGCCCUACGCGCACGGGCCGUCGGUGCGCAAGCUCUCCAAGAUCGCCACGCUGCUGCUGGCGCGCAACUACAUCCUGAUGCUCACCAACUCGCUGGAGGAGAUGAAGCGCCUCCUCAGCGAGAUCUACGGCGGCGGCCACCACGCCGCCGGCUUCCACCCCAGCGCCGCCGCCUGCCCGGGGGGCAUGGUCGGCCACUCCGCCCCCUUGCCCGGCCACCCGGCCUCGCAUGCCGUCCACCACCCCAUCCUGCCCCCCGCCGCCGUCUCCAGCGCCUCCCUGCCGGGCUCGGGCGGCCUCUCCGCCGUCAGCUCUAUCCGGCCCACACACGGCCUCCUCAAGUCCCCUUCCAGCGCCGCCGCCGCUGCCGCUGCUGCCGCUGCCGCCGCCGCCGCCGCUUCGGCCCCGCUGGGCAGCAGCUUCCAGCACUGGGGAGGGAUGCCGUGCCCCUGCAGCAUGUGCCAGCUGCCCGCCCCGUCGCACCACCACGUCUCCGGCAUGAACACGGCCAGCCUGCCCAGAUUAACCAGCGACGCCAAAUGAACGCCGCCGGCCGGGCAGCAGCCCAAGAGGAAGGGAAGGGGGCCGCCUGGGAACACAGCGGAGGACCCCCGUCGAGUCGACCCAGGGAAGGGGGCGCGAGAGGCGACACGAGGGAAGCCCAUCCCUCCAGGACUUACAAAGCUUGGACCCCCGCCCGCAAUCCAUCACACAGACACGCGCACCCCCCCUCCCCAAGAAGGCUCGGGGGUUACCUGUGGUCAACAUUCAAACCAUCGGACGCUAAAGCCGGGCAGAACAGAAAAGCUCCCUCUUCCUUCCCUCCGGAACCCCUCCUUUAAACUUUGGGAAGGGGGGCGCGCUCUCGAAAUCAGUUACUUGACGUUCACUCCGGUUUCAGUUUCUGUUGUGUGUGAUCUCACCGCGCGUCGCUUUUGGUUUGUUUUGUUUGGUUUCGUUUUUACACUUUGAUAGAAGGUGCAAAUAGGUGUAGGCACUCGCCUCCAAACCAGAGGAGCCUCAAACUACCUAACAUUUUUUCAGUUUUCUAUAUAAGAAACCGUACCUUUCUAAGUUUUUCCUUUAAAAAUGAUCCCUCCCAGGUUUUUUCUGGCUGCUCCUACCUGCAGUCAGACCUAAAUGCAGAAACACUUUCAGUCCCUUCCCACGUAUUAGACUGGAACUCAAUUCCAUGGAAAUCAAUAAGGCUUACUUACAAGUAAGUGUAUUUAGGAUGGGGUGCUUGUAGGGAAGAAUACGGCACUGGAAUCGGUGGCUGGCAUUCUGAUUAACUUUACUUAAGGAAGUCCCAUUGAAAUGCCUAAUUUGAUUUCAAUAGGACUUCCUCGAGUAAAUUUAGUCAAGCUGUCAGCCGUGGUCUUAAUUUCGCUCUGAAUUUUAUAGUAGUUGAAAUCACUGAAAUUAAAGCGAUGGGGUCGUGUUUCCAUAAUAUUAUAGAUUUAAGAAUGUGUCGGGAGUAUUGCGGGAAAAUAAAGUCCACGGAUUUCAGAGGAGUUUAUUUCUACCGGAUUCUGAACAUAUUUACUUAAGAGCUUCACCUCACCGGCUUCAACUGACUCCAAAGUAGCAGCUCGAUCCUGAGCACACUAUAUGAACGUGGCCCUGGGAACCAAUGGGUUUCUUUCCUUCUUCCAAGCAAGGGGCACGAUCCCGCCAAAGUUAAGGGGUUUUUAAGUGCCACUCAUCUCCGUGAGCGAAAUGGGCAUCCUUCCGAUCUUAUGCAUGGGGGCAGUCGGUUGGACCGCAGGUUUCAAGGCUGAGACCAAAAGAAUUGAAAAAGUGUGGAAUCCGAGGUCUCUAGGUCUGCAGUGCUAAACUCCAAGCUGAUCAGUUCAGAUCUGCAUGGGGGCGGGGGCGGGGGCGCGGCCCCUAAAAUCAAAGUGAUGCUUUUUUGUGUGUUCUGAGGAGUUUGGGGGUGAGGAUGGAGGCUGUUAAUCCCCUCCUCGGUCUGGUGCAAAAGGAUCUCUUCUGUUUGGAAGGGAUCCUAUUUGCUUGGGCUCGGUGAUCUUCUACAACUUUGAACGGGUUAAGGGCCUUUUCUUUCAUAACACUUUCCUUUCCUGUCAAAACUUAAUACAUCUCCUCCCCCACUCCGCCCCAAGAAAACAACAACCCAUAUAUGAGAUCCCUGCACUGUUUGUGCUGCAAUAUUCAGAUUUCUCCCUCCCUUCGGGGCUUGUUCUGGAUAACUCCUCCCGCCCCCCACUUUAGACUGUCACCUUCAAGAGAUUUUUUUAUCACUUGUUUAUUUUUAUAUAAAAACAUAAAUGAAAAAGUUGCUAAAUAAUAUUUAUUGUUUGGUUGCAAAAAAAAGUGAUUCACGGUUGACAUUUUUAAAUAAACAAACCAACCAACCA